CCCGGUUAUUGUUUACCUACAAAAAUGAAGCGAAAGCAGGCUGAUCAUCAUCAUUUGAAAUAUGUUGUGAUGGAAACCAAAUUCGUAAGCGGUACAUUUGUUGAAUUUAUGCCGCAAAUAUGGGUAAUUCCUCCCCGAAACAAAAAACUUGCGCACGAGGAGCGCAGUGUUGUGAAAUUUUUGUUUCCUCGCCGAUUGCCGAACCAAAGCAAGGAUGCUUACACACGAUACGUGAAGCAGGCGAAGUUUAACUGCACACCAACGGAGCGUAACGAAAAAUGGGAAUUAAGAGAUGGACGGAUUCUCAAAAUGGGUAUAGAUAGUCUCGAAGAAGCACUUGACGCUGAGAAGUUUUACAGCGACUAUUUCAGUACCGCUGAGGAUGAAAUCCAAGAACCAUCAGCUGCACCGUCAGCCAAAAAAACAUUUUCUAAAAAGAAAAAGGUGGAAAAAGACAAGCCGAUGGACGAUUCAGAAAGCGACGAAGGAGAACAUGAACAAAAUGCACAACCGAUUUCAAAUUACAAUAUUUGCUUCCAAGCGGACGAUCAGUUUUUGAAUCAGUUUAUCACAUUGGACGGUGAUAGUGAUAUAUUGGGUGAAUUCAGUCAAGUGAUGGAUGACGGCUCAUUGGAAUUACGGAGUCCUGUACAAGCGGCUCAAAUAAGCCAGGGUACGGUGUUCGGCGAGGGAAAUGCGCCACGUGUGUCUGAUGAUCUUCAAAUCAUUGGAAGUACGGUUUUUGCUGGAGGAAAUCUGUUAAAUCUUUCGAACGAGAAAUUUGCUUCAAUUGAAUUGCCGACAGCUGCUAUCAGUGAGUCUGAGGAUGCUCUCGAUGAUGACCGCUACAAUGAUCAACAAAUCGACACAAUUGAUCAGCAACAAGCUCGUUGCUCUUCGUCAGGCAGUUGCUGCAAGUCCCAUCAAAAGGUGUUGAACAAAAUUGAUUAUCUUCAAAAAAAAGUGGUGCAAGGAAAUGAGUGUGUUGCGCCAGGAAAGCAGUUCGAACCGACAACUUUUGUUACAGGUGAUAAGCUUACUACGUCCAACUCAAGGACAGACUGACAAAACAGUGAACGGGCAGAUUGACGAAUCGGGUUGUGCUGUGGAUGCUGAACCCAUACUCGAUAUGGCUGAAUUGUCCGAGUUUAAUGCGUUGUACAAAAAGACUUUUCCGAUCAAAAGCAGCGAAUUCAUUGUGGACUUUAACGCAUCGUUAAAGGACGAUAAAAAAUUCGCCGAAAACCUGUUCAAAAAACUUCUACAAAUCAAAGGAGAUGAUGAAACCAAAACAGUUCGGAAAAUCCUUAAAGAACUUGUCGACGUUCGCUGUCUGAAGGAUUUCACGUGGCUUGGCACAAAAAAAAUGAAAAGUUUCCAAGAUCUUCAUCUCAUCAUCGCAAUGAUAUCGAAGGUGCUGGGCGAAAAGUAUCCGAACUGCGUUGCGAUUGACGUGCUCAUGAAAGUAGUGAAGCAGAGAA